ACCAGAAUGCAUCAUUACUUGCUGAUAAUCACUGUCUGGCUUGGAGGAAUUGGGACGUGCAUGCUCUUCUUCCAGUACAACUGGUCAGGUUGUUCAUUUCAAACUGUUCCAUCUGAUCUCGCACCAGUUUUUCGCCAAAGCACAACCACCAGCGAUACCUCGCCAUCAACAACCCCAGCAGAUUCUCAUCCAGAGAAACCCAUUCUGCUGGUGUGGGUCUGGCCUGAAACGGACAGCUUCAAAUUCGACCCCGUUGAGUGCAAACGCCGGCACGACAUCGACGGCUGUUUCUUGACGGACGAUAGAGAUCUGUACAACCGUUCAGAUGCGGUUCUUUUCUACCACAAGGGAAUCAAAAAGGAUCUGUCCAACCUUCCCCAGACUCCACGUCCUCCUUUCCAGAGGUGGAUCUGGUUCAACCUGGAAUCGCCGACCAACACUCGGCCGAAAGCUGGAUUGGAGAACCUCUUUAACUUGACUCUGACUUACAGAAGAGACUCGGACAUUUCUGUGCGAUACGAAAUGACUGUCAGGAAACGCCCAUUUGAGAACAUCGUGAUCCCCAAGAAGGACAAGCUCGUCUGCUGGUUUGUUUCCAACACCAACCCCGGUACUGGAGCGUGGGCUAGAAUACAGUACUACGAAGAGCUCAAGAAACAUAUCCAAGUGAAUAUCUUUGGAAACAUGGCCGGACAGCGCUUAAAAGAUGAGGACUACUACCCUACCAUGUCCAGCUGUAAGUUCUACCUCUCUUUUGAGAAUUCCAUCCAUAAAGACUACAUCACAGAGAAGUUCAACGGUCCAAUCGCAGCAGGGACUGUACCAGUUGUGUUGGGACCACCAAGAGAAAACUAUGAACAGUUUGCUCCCGGUAAUUCCUUCAUACACGUCAAUGACUUCCCCAAUGCCUCACUCCUCGCCCAACAUCUGCUUCAACUGGACAAAGACAACGAAGCCUACAGUCACUACUUCGACUGGAGAAAACACAUCUCAGUGGUUCCUCACUAUUCAAUUUGGAAUGAAGAGUUUAUACUGCCUAUCUGUCAAGCCUGCGAUUAUAUUUCAAGACACAAAGAGUACAAGCAAGUGCAUGAUCUCUUCAAUUGGUAUUCUUCGUGAUUAUUUCCCACUAUGAUAGAGUGCAAUCAUUUAUUUUAUUUUUUUUUAAAUAGGAACAAACAUCCAAAGCAAGCAGAGCAGAAUAUAUCAAACAUACUGUAUGAUAAUAAAUAUAAUAUAAAAAGAGAUAUGUCACUUUAUUACCUGAUAUCCAGGGCACUUUAAAAUAAGACAACCAUUAAUAAAAUUUAUGCCAAUUUUAAUGUUUAUUUAUUUAUGGGUAUUCUACAUACACACAAUUGUCAGCUCAUAUUAGUCUCUGCUAUUAAAGGUCACAUGUUCUUCUUUGCUGUUAAAGAUCACAUAUGUUUUAUAUGUAUCUACAGUAAAGAAAGAAAACACAGUUGUUCAUAAAGGAUAUUGUCUUUGGCUCUGUUGUAUCACUUUUAUAUGGCAUUCAGGAAAUUGAACUUCAAUGCAAACCAUCAGGUUAAGACAGCAUGGUAAAGACAAAACAAUCAAAUCAAAGAAACAGACAAACAGACAAACAAAUAGAAUAACACUGUUUUUUUUAAUUCUUUAAUUCUUCAUGUAAUGUAAUUCACAGUUAUGUCCAUCGAUGUGAAACAGUUUAGGGUCAUUGUUGUCAUGUUUUUCAUUUCAGAAUUCUCCACACAAUCUUUAUUGAGCACCCUGCACCGUUUUCUUCCUCAGCUAUGCCUUAAAAUGUGCAAAAUGUCCUCAGCACCUUAUUCCAUUAUUAUUAAAGCUGGCUUUAGCAUACCUCAAGCGACUUGUGGCGUGUGCCCCAAAAAAAAGGCUUCUUCCGCAUUACUCUGCGAUACAGCCUCUUCUUGUGCAAAGUGCACUGAAUAGUGAAUAGUGAAUAAUGAACAAUGCACAGUGACACUAUUAUCUGCAGCAAGAUGAUGUUGUAGCUGGUCUUGUGGUCUGUUGACUAUGACUGUUCUUAUAAUCUUUCUCCUCUGCUUAUCUGAGAUUUUUCUUGUUCUGCCACUUCAGGUCUAACUAGAACUAGAACUGUGUCUGUGGUUCUUCCAUUUCCUCACUGUAAUGUUCCUCACAGUGGAAACUGCAGCUGAAAUCUCUGAGAUAUGUAGCUUUUUGUAUCCUUCAUUUAAACCAUGAUGUUGAAGAAACUAAUGUGGCAAUUGGCCACAUUAACCCUUUUAUCAUAACUGGAUUCACCUGUGUGAAUGUAGGUCAAGGGUCAAUGAGCUUACCAAACUAAUGUUGUGAUCCAAUAAUGAAUUAUAAAGCUAAUAAAAACAAUAAAAAAGACAAGGGUGUCCAAAUGUAUGCACCUGCCUAUUUUUGUUAGAAUUAUUAAUAAUUAUUGCACACUUUCUGUAAAUCCUAUAAACUUCAUUUCACUUCUCAAAAAUCACUGUGUUCUUUUGCUAUAUGAUACAUUUAACUGAAAUUGCUGAUCCCAACAACCAAUAAUUUAUUAAGUAAAAAUCAUGAAAAUGAUCAGGGCUGCCCAAACUUUUUUAUACCACUGUAUGCUAAAAACUGAAGAUCUUAUUUUAGAAUAACUUAUUUUAUAUUUUAUUUUAUCAUCAAAGCUAUUUGUGGAUACUGCUUUAGUACCAAAUUAUGAGUAACAUUUUAUAGUAAUUUUCAUUAAUAUACCAUUAACCAAUGAUUAAUAAUUUUAAGAAACUAAAAACUGGCAACAUUAACUGCAAUUGAUAAUCAUUUGCCUGGUUUAAAAUUCAUAUUUACUAGUGAUUUAUUAAUCUUUAAAUUCUGAUUAGCUGAUGAUUUGCUAUCAUUUUAAUAUGAAUAUCCAUGCUGAUAAAUAAGUGUCACGUGUGAACAUUUGUUAAUAUUCAAAUUCUGAUGAACUACUGCUUUGUUCACAUCUACUGAUCAUUAGUUUAAAAUAUAUUAAUGAAAGUUAUUAUAAAGUGUUACCCAAUUAAAAUUGCAAUCACAUGUUGACAUCACCUAUUUGAAAUCACAUCAUUUUUUUUUAUAAUGUCAUUACUAGCCAUAAACUGCCCCCUUUUUAAAAUGCCAAACUUUUUUUUCUGGAAUGUGUUGUAGAUCUGAAAUGCAGGAAUAGCUUUAUAUUCACAACUUCAAUGUUCACCAGGCAAAACAUGAAAUAUACUGAGUCCUUAUGUCUGCAUUCAAAUACAAGUCAAUGUAAAUAAAAACAGCACUGUGUUUGUUUUGUCUUG